ACACUGACCUGGGUAACUUUGGUCAAAGUUUUAUGGAUAAUACUGAAGGAAUUUCGAAUUUAUGUGAACUACAGAAAAUUAUAGGUGGGCCUUGACGUCUUUUGGUAUUAUUGUCGCUAGCUUCAAAACAUGAUGAUAAGAAGUGUCUCUUUUGGAUUUUUAUGUGAGGAAAAUGUCAGAUUUGGCUAAUGAAUUCAAUUUGGAGCGGUAAAGGCCUAAUGUUGAAGUUGCUGGCCAUUCCUAAAGGCUUGUGAGAAGACAAGUUCCUAAACAUGGCAUUGAAUAGAAUUCAGUUGGUAAAAGGGCUAGAAGAUGUGACGCUGUGUGAGAAAGAAGCCUGUACAUUUGAGGUGGUCCUCAGUCAUGCGUACAUCCAGGGUCAAUGGAGCAGGGAUGGCGUACCACUUAAAUCCAGGCCUGUUUGUCGAAUUGCCACGCAGGGCAAAAAACACACACUCACACUCACGCGUGUCACGGUUGCUGACAUGGGUGUCAUCAGUUUCAAGGCUGAAGGGAUUGAAAGCUCUGCAAUGCUGACAGUCAAAGCCAGGAAUAUAAAGAUUGUGAAGGCUCUUCAGAAUGUCAGUGUGACUGAGAGGGAGAGCGUGACAUUUAUCUGUGAGGUCAACUGGGAAGAUGUGGAUGGGAAGUGGUACAAGGAUGACAGCCGGUUGAGAGCUGGGGACAAUGUUAAAAUAAAAUGUGAAGGUAAAACACACUCCUUAACCUACAAAUCAGUCAAACCAGAAGAUGCUGGUGAGAUCAGAUUCACUGCUGAGAGGGUCUCUUCAACAGCAACACUGGGAGUCAAAGAGCUUCCAGUUCAUAUUGUGAAGCCCCUGAGAGUGAAGAUCGCCAUGUACAAACAUCGUGCCUUGCUGGAGUGCCAGGUCUCUCGUGUCAAUGCUGUGGUUAAAUGGUACAGAAGAAAUCAUGAAAUUGUGCCAAAUAGGAAGUACCAAACUAUCAGUGAAGGCGUGUACCGACAGCUUAUCAUAGAUGAUGUGGGAUCUUCAGAUGAAGACACUUUUACCUGUGAUGCUGUCGAUGACAGGACUUCCUGCCAGCUGUUUGUAGAGGAGCAGGCCAUCAGCAUUUUGAAAGGACUCAGUUCUGUGGAGGUCAUGGAGCCUAAAGAGGCUCGUUUUAAAGUGGAAACAAGUAUUAAGUUAGAGAGGGCACCCAAAUGGACCCUGAAUGGGCAGAUACUAUGUCCCUGUCCAGAAAUCCGGAUUGAGAGGCAAGGAACAUCGAACAGACUCAUUUUCACUCAGACCGACAGUAGUAUGUGUGGCACUGUGCAGUUCACCUCGGGGAAGAGCAAGUCAGAAGCUCAACUCACAGUUACAGAGCGCCCUUUGAUUGUCAAACAGCCCAUUUCUGAUGUGGAGGUGAAGGAGAACAGGUCAGUUACUCUCAGCUGUGAGUUCUGUCCAUCCCCCAGAGUGGUGCGCUGGUUCAAGGGUAGAACCCCACUGUUUGCUUCCAAUAAGUACACAAUGAAGCGGGAAAAGAACCGGGUUGAGAUGACCAUCAUGGGUGUGAAAGCAGCAGAUUCAGGAGAGUAUCGCUGUCUGGCUGGUGGCUCAGAGGCAAGAGGAAGAGUCAGUGUGGAAGUGAAAAGGUUGAAGAUCAUAAGACACUUAGAGCAAGUAGAGGUCGAGGAGGAUGGAACUGCAGUGUUCAGCUGUGAACUGAAUCAUGAGUCACCCAGUGUCCAGUGGCUGCUCAAUGACCGAGUCCUAUACACCAACUACAUCAACAAAAUCCAGAAUUCUGGAAAAGCAUACAGUCUGAUUUUAAAACGACUAGCUCCUCAAGAGAGCCGUGUAACAUUCAAAACAUUUGAUAUCAGCGAGUCUGCGUUCCUCAGGGUCAGAGAGAAGCCAGCAGUGUUUCUCAGGUCAUUGGAGGAUGUAGCAGGUGAGGAACGUGGUGAAAUCCUUUUGCAGUGUGACGUUUCCAAACCAUCAGUGACACCUGUCUGGAGAAAAGAUGGUGAAAUUCUGACCGCCAGUGAGAAGUAUGAGAUUCUCCAUGUGGGAAAGUCAUUGACUCUUAUAAUUCACAAGCUGAGAAAGGACGAUGGAGGAGAGUACAGCUGUGAUAUUGGCUGCAGCCAAACUAAAGCGAAAGUCAUAGUUCGUGACCUGCGCAUUACCAUUGUCAAACGCAUACGGACAACAGCUGUGCUGGAAGGGGAAAGCUGCAGCUUUGAGUGUGUCCUGUCCCAUGAUAUCAUUGAUGAAGCAUCGUGGAUUUUGAAUGGCCAGCUGAUUGUGAGCAAUGGAAGAAUCAUAGUCUCUAACAAAGGGUGCAAAUACACAAUGAGCAUUCAGGAAGUUACAAUAUCUGAUGCUGGCGAAGUGGUCUUUACCAUUAAAGAGUUCAGCUGCAGGACUAUGCUGUUUGUGAAAGAGAAACCUGUGAGAGUUUUUAGGGAUAUGUUGAAUGUUAAAGCAACACCUGGUGAAGAUCCAGAGCUCAGCUGUGAGAUCACGAAACCUGAUGCAACAAUUAAAUGGCUGAAAAAUGGGCGGCUAAUUAGAGUCAGCCCAAAAUAUGAAAUUACCCAAAAUAAUUAUCUAGUGAAGCUCAUCAUCCAUAAUGCAGCUAUAAUGGACUCAGGAGAGUACUGCUGUGAGGCUGAUGGGAUUGCUACAAGGGCGAGAUUAGAGGUCAGAGACUUGCAACAUACAUUUGCAAAGGAACUGAAGGAUAUGCGUGCAGAGGAGAAGGGUAUGGUGACCAUGGAGUGUGAAACCAGAAGGCCUGCAGCUACUGUGACCUGGUUAAAAGGUCUAAUGGUCCUCAGCUCGGGACAGAAGUACAUGAUGAAGAAGAAGGAUGUUGUCCUCACUCUGACCAUCUUCAAUCUGGAGAAAAGUGAUAGUGCUGUCUACACCUGUGAUGUUGGGACAAUGCAGAGCAGGGCUUUACUUACAAUUCAAGGUCAAAAAGUGGUCAUUGUGGAUGAACUCGAAGAUAAAGAAUGUCUAGAAGGAGAUACCAUCACCUUUAAGUGUCGAAUCUGCCCAAGUGACUACACUGAUGUCAAAUGGUACCUGGAUGAGACCUUACUCUACACUAAUGAUCUUAAUGAGAUCAAGAUGAUACCUGGUGGAUACCACACUCUUACCUUCAAACAGCUUGCACGUAAAGACACCGGCACCAUCUCCUUCGAGGCUGGGGACAAAAGAUCAUAUGCAUCACUAUUAGUUAGAGAGAGACGCCCCACAAUAACUAAAGCAUUGGAAGAUACAGAAGCAAUUGAAGGAGGAAGUUUGGUGCUGUUGUGCAAGACCUCAAAGCCAUGUCAUAUUGUUUGGUACAAAGAUGGCUGUUUAAUCUGGAAUUCCUCCAAGUUCUUAGUGAGUCGAUCUGGAAAUGAGGCCAGGCUGGCCAUCCGUGAUGUGAAAGACAGUGACGCAGGGUUGUACGAGUGCGAUGCAGGUUCUGUCAGCACAAAAGCCACAGUGUCUGUUAAAGUUAUUCCUGCUGAGUUUACAAAAGCUCUUCAGAACCAAGAAGUCAAAGAGGGAGAGAGUGUAACGCUGAUGUGCGAAUACUCUAUACCCGGGGUCCAGUUUGUGUGGCGCAAAGGACCCGAGACGCUAAAAUCUAGUGAGAAGUACCACAUGAGGCAGAGGAAAUCUUGCAUUUCUCUUACAAUACACAAUCUGAAGCCAGAAGAUUCAGGGAAUUACACAUGCAUUUGCAGAGACCAAAGAACUAUGGCUACUCUUACAGUCAACGAGGUUCCUAUAUCAUUUAUUAAAGAGCUCAAGAACCAAGAGAUAGAUGAAGGUAAAAAUGUGACAUUACGCUGUGAGCUUUCUAAAGCUGGAAUCCCGGUGGAAUGGUUGAAAGGUGAACAAACUCUCUUGCCUGGGGAGAAGUAUCAGAUGAGGCACAUAGUCACCAUACUAGAGCUGGUAAUCAGAAAUCCAGUUCAUGAGGACAGUGGAACAUACAUCUGUGUGUGUGAUGAUCAAAGGACCAAAGCCAUUGUUAAAAUACGAACUCAACCUGUCACGUUCAAACAGAAGUUAAGAAAUCAAAUGGUUGAAGAGGGAAACAGUAUAAUCCUACACUGCGAGAUAUCCAAACCAGACAUCUCUGUGCAGUGGAGAAAAGGAAGCAGCCUUCUCAGGUCUGGGGAAAAGUACAAAAUCAGACAGAGAGGCUGCAUGCUAGAGCUGAAGAUUUUUAAUUUGACGCAAGAUGAUAGCGGAGUCUAUAGCUGUACGAGUGAAACUGCUGAGACAUCAGCCAACAUCACAGUUAGCGCUCAACCUGUUACUUUUAAAGAUAAACUGAAAAACCUGGAAGCCGUGGAAGGGAACAUGGUAACAUUGCACUGCGAGCUUUCUAAAACAGGUGUCCCAGUAGAAUGGUGGAAUGGAGAGGAACUGCUCCAGCCUGGAGAGAAGUAUAAAAUGAGAGAACGAGGCACAUCAGUUGAGCUGAUCAUCUGUGAAGCCAUGCCUGAAGACAGUGGAGUUUACAGAUGUGUCUGUGGAGACCAAAAGACCAAAGCUACAGUUAAAAUUGUUGGUGCUCCUGCUAGUUUUAAGCAAAACCUUAAGAACCAAGAAGCUCUGGAAGGCAAAUCUGUAACCCUUCACUGUGAGCUUUCCAAAGCUGGAGUACCUGUGGAAUGGUGGAGAGGAGAUAAACCGCUCCUUCCAGGGCCACAUUACCAGAUGAGGCUGGAUGGAAAGACUGCAGAGUUGAAAAUAACAAAUGUUUUCCCUGAUGAUGCUGGGAUAUACAGUUGUGUGACUGGAAGCCAAAGGACCACAGCUGAAGUGAAAGUCAAACCCCUUCCAAUUACUUUCAAGCGAGAGCUUCAGAAUCAGAUAUCUACAGAGGGUAAGAGUGCAGUAUUUACCUGUGAACUUUCAAAGCCUGGUGCUCCAGUUGAGUGGAGGAAAGGUAGAGUGAUGCUGAAAAGCGGAGCCAAAUAUCAGAUGACGCUUGAGGGGCGAUUAACCAAACUGCUGAUAAAUAAUCUAGUUGAGGGUGAUGCGGGAAAUUACACCUGCAAAACCAAAGAUUCUCAAUCGACAGCCGAAUUGACGGUUCAAGGACUCCCUGCUAUCUUUAAAACAAAUUUGAAGAACCAAGAAACUCAGGAGGGGAACAGUGUCAAUCUGCACUGUGAACUUUCUAAGGCUGGAGUUCGAGUAGAGUGGUGGAAAGGAGAAGAACUGCUCAAGACUGGAGAAAAAUAUCAGUUGAGACAGAAAGAAGCAACCGUAGAGUUGUUAAUAAGGAAGGCACAACCAGAAGACAGUGGAGUGUAUCGCUGCAUAUGUGGAGAUUACAAGACAGAAGCCACCAUCAAAGUUAAUGCUCUCCCUAUCACUUUCAAACAAGAACUUAAGGAUCAAGAAGGUGAAGAAGGGAACAACAUCACAUUGCGCUGUGAACUCUCUAAGGCCAGUGCUGAUGUGAAGUGGUUGAAGGGAGAUGAAGUCCUAAAGCAUGGUGAAAAAUACCAGUUGAGACAGAUAGCAACUAAAAUGGAGCUCGUUAUCAGAAAAGCCAUACCUGAAGACAGCGGAGUCUACUUUUGUGUAUGCCCUGAUCAGACAUCCAAAGCUACAGUUAAAAUCAAUGCUCUCCCGAUCACUUUCAAACAAAACUUGAGAAAACAAGAAGUGGUGGAAGGAAACACAGUAGCUUUCCGUUGUGAGCUUUCCAAACCGGGAGCUACGGUGAAAUGGUGGAGGGGUGAAGAGGUGCUGCAGGGUGGAGAAAAGUACCAGAUGAGGAAUGAAGGACGGAUUGCUGAACUUCUUAUUAAAAAUGUCAACUCUGAAGAUGUCGACUUCUACAGCUGCACUACAGGAAAGGAAAAAACGACAGCGGAGGUCAAAGUUAGGGCUGUACCUGUCACUUUCAAACGAGAACUUCAAAAUGAAUUAACCAAAGAAGGUGGGCAAGCUGUUUUUAGCUGUGAGCUGUCUAAACCCGGCGCUCAAGUUGACUGGAGAAAAGGAAGAAUUAUUCUCAAGCCUGAUGAUAAAUAUGAAAUGAAGCAAGAGGGCACAUUCACCAAACUGGUCAUACGUAAUGUUGAAGCAAGUGAUGCUGGGAACUAUUCAUGUAAAACCAAGGAUUCUGAGUCAACUGCUGAGCUAACCGUUAAGGUUCCACCAAUCACUUUUAAAGUCAAGUUGAAAAAUCAGGAAGUUGAAGAAGAAAAUAAACUUGUGUUGCACUGUGAGCUCUCAAAAGCUGGAUGUCCUGUUGAAUGGAGGAAGGGGGAAGAGCUUCUUAGGUCAGGGUAUAAAUAUCAAAUCCAAGAACAUGAUGUUACAAGGGAGCUGAUCAUCACAAAGGCCAUGCCUGAAGACAGUGGAGUCUACAGCUGCAUUUGUGGAGAGCAGAAGACCAAAGCCACGAUCCGAGUAUUCGCCACACCAGUAACGUUCAAACAAAACCUGAAGAACCAAGAAGCCCCUGAGGGAGGUGUUGUUAUUCUGCAUUGUGAGCUGUCCAAAGCUGGGGUACCAGUGACAUGGUUAAAAGGGGAUGAGGAGCUCUGCAAUGGGAAUAGAUACAAGAUAAAGCAGGAGGGAUUGGUUGCCGAAUUACACAUUAAAAAUGUUCUUCCCAAGGAUGUUGGGGAAUACAGCUGCAUCGUUGGAGACCAGAAGACUACAGCUGAAGUUAAUGUUAGGGCUGCUGCCUCUGUGUUCUUUGAGAAAGAGCUUGAGAGUCAAGAAGCAAUGGAGGGGGACUCUGUCCUGUUUCGUUGUUUGCUCUCUAGUGAUAAUGCCCCAGUGACCUGGAGAAAAGAUACAAACCAGAUCACACAGGGAGGGCGAUAUACCCUCCACCGUAAAGGUUCAACACAGGAGCUUGAAAUCAGGAAACUGAGAAUGCAGGAUGCUGGCAUGUACUCAUGUAGUGUCAGGGGCAAGAACACCUCUGCGACCCUCAGAGUGAUAGAGCGUGUGAGGAUUGUGAAAGGACUGCGUGACUUGACAGUAACUGCAGGUGAGAGCGCACACUUUGUGUGCGAGCUUUCACAUGAGAACAUCCUUGACGGGGUUUGGUGGCUUGGUUCCAAUGAACUUCAGGAGAACGAGAUGAACCAGAUGAGUGUCUGUGGUCGAGAACAUCACUUGGUGCUCACUAUGACCACAACCGAAGAGUCAGGUGUUGUGUCCUUUGUGGUGGGAAAUGAAAAGACCUCUGCCUGUCUUCGUGUGAACAGCAAGCCUACAGUUUUGAUAGAGGAAAGACUGAAGGACAUGACCAUUUUUGAGGGAGAUUCUGCCACCCUAUCCUGUGUGACUUCUGACACCUGCACACCUGUCACCUGGAAGCGAAAUAAUGUAACCCUGCUCUCUGGGGAAAAGUAUGAACCUCUGAAACACGGGAAACGUAACGUUCUUCUGAUUCAUAAAGUCAGAAAAGAGGAUGCUGGGAUUUACAUGUGCGAUACAGGAGACAUGCAGAGUAGUGCUACUCUUACAGUCAAAGAACGUCCUUUGUUUUUCUGCCGGGAGCUCCAAAAUCAAGAAGCAGAAGAGGGUGAGACUACUUUCUUGUGCUGUGAAUUGUCUCAGCCUGGAGUUGCAGUUGAGUGGAAGAAGGGAGCAAUUCUUCUUAGGCCUGGUAACAAAUAUGAGAUAAAACAGGAUGGAUGUGAGCAGCAGCUACAGAUCAAUGACCUCACAAGUCAAGACAGCGGGGCCUACAGAUGUUGUGCCGAUGGCAUUGAGACAAGGGCUAGUAUUACUGUAAAAGAGCGUCCUUUAUUUUUCCAUGAAGAGCUCCAAAACCAAGAAGCAGAAGAAGGUGAAUCAGCAUUCUUGUGCUGUGAGCUCUCUAAACCUGGAGUAGCAGUCCAGUGGAAAAAGGGGGCAAUGCUGCUCAAGAAUGGACAUAAGUAUGAGAUGACGCAAGACGGCAAUGAAGUACAACUUCAGAUCCAUGAUCUCACAAGUCAAGAUAGUGGUAUCUACAGAUGUUGUGCUGGCAACAUAGAGACACGAGCUAAUAUUAUAGUUAAAGAGCAACCUCUUUUCUUCUGUGAGGAACUCCAUAACCAGGAAGCAGAGGAGGGCGAGACAGCCUUUCUUUGCUGUGAGCUCUCUAAACCUGGAGUUGAAGUGCAGUGGAAGAAGGGGGCAAUACGAUUGAGACCGGGAGACAAAUAUGAGAUGAAACAAGAUGGCUGCAAAGUACAGCUACAGAUCCAUGGCCUGACACGUCAGGAUAGUGGCACAUACAAGUGCUGCUCUGGAAGCCUGGUAACCACAGCAUCCAUUGUAGUCAAAGAACAUCCUUUGUACUUCAUCAAGAUGCUUGAGUGUCAAGAAGCAGAAGAGGGCGAAACUGCUUUCCUUUGCUGUGAGCUUUCCAAACCUGGGGCUGCGGUACAGUGGAAGAAGGGAUCUGUGCUGCUAAAGCCUGGAAGGAAGUAUGAAAUAAAGCAGAAUGGAAGUGAACUGCAGCUUCAGAUCCAUGAGCUCACAAGCCAAGACAGUUGUGUCUACACAUGCUGUGUUGGUAGUCUAGUGACUUCAGCAUCUCUGGAAGUGAAAGAACAACCUCUGUUUUUCUGUGAGGAGCUCCAAAAGCAAGAAGUAGAAGAGGGUGAGACUGCCAUACUGAGCUGUGAGCUCUCUAAACCUGGAGUGGAAGUGCAGUGGAGGAAGGGAACUGUUUUGCUUCGACCAGGAAACAAAUAUGAGAUGAAGCAAGAUGGCUGUAAAUUGCAGCUUCUGAUAUAUGAGCUCAACAGUCAGGACAGUGGUGUCUACAAAUGUUGUGCUGGUAGCUUGGUGACCACAGCAUCUAUCGAUGUGAAAGAAUCACCAGUUGUCUUCCAAGAGGAGCUCCAAAGCCUUGAAGCAGAGGAAGGUGGGACGGCCACCCUGACCUGUGAGCUGUCUAAACCUGGAGUUGCUGUGCAGUGGAAGAAGGCAACAGUGUUGCUAAAGCCGGGCAACAAGUAUGAGAUGAAACAAGAUGGCUGUCUACAACAGCUUCAAAUAUAUGACCUGAAACAUGAAGAUAGUGGCUUGUACAAAUGUUGUGCUGGCAGUCUGGUGACAACUGCUUCACUUGUGGUAAAGGAACAUCGCUUGUUCUUUUCCAAGGAGCUCCAAAACCAAGAAGCAGAGGAGGGUAGGACAGCAAUAUUGUGCUGUGAGCUCUCUAAACCUGGAGUUUCUGUGCAGUGGAAAAAGGGAACAGUGCUUUUGAAGUCUAGUAACAAAUAUAAAAUUAAAGAAGAUGGCUGUCAACUACAGCUUCAGAUACAUGAGCUAACAGCUCAGGACAGUGGGGCCUACAAAUGCUGUGCUGGUAGCCUUGUCACAACUGGAUCUCUUGUGAUAACAGAAAAGCCAUUGUACUUUUCUGAGGAGCUCCAGAACCAAAAAGCAGAGGAGGGUAAAACAGUCACAUUGCACUGUGAACUUUCUAAACCUGGAGUUUCAGUGCAAUGGAAGAAGGGAACAUUUUUGUUGAAGGCUAGUAAAAAAUAUGACAUAAAACAGGAUGGCCGUGAACUACAGCUUCAGAUCAACGAGCUAACAGCUCAAGACAGUGGGACCUACAAAUGUUGUGUUGGGAACCUGGUCACAACUGCUUCUCUUGUGGUAAAAGAACAGCCAUUGUUCUUCUCUGAGGAGCUCCAAAACCAAGAAGCAGAGGAGGGUAACACAAUUACAUUGCACUGUGAGCUCUCUAAACCAGGAGUUUCAGUGCAGUGGAAAAAGGGAACAGUGCUUUUAAAGCCUAGUAAAAAAUAUGACAUAAAACAGGAUGGCCGUGAACUACAGCUUCAGAUCCAUGAGCCAACAACUCAGGACAGUGGGGUGUACAAAUGUUGUGUUGGGAGCCUUGUAACAACUGCUUCUCUUGUGGUAAAAGAACAUAGCUUGUUCUUCUCUGAGGAGCUCCAAUACCAAGAAGCAGAGGAGGGUAAGACAGCCAUAUUGUGCUGUGAGCUCUCUAAAUCUGGAAUUUCAGUGCAGUGGAAGAAGGGAACAGUGCUUUUGAAACCUAGUAAAAAAUAUGAGAUAAAACAGAAUGGCCGUCAGCUACAGCUUCAGAUCCAUGAUCUAACAGUCCAGGACAGUGGGGACUAUAAAUGUUGUGUUGGAAACCUGGUGACAACAGCUUCUUUUGUUGUAAAGGAAAAGCCAUUGUUCUUCUCUAAUGAGCUCCAAAACCAAGAAGCAGAGGAGGGUAAGACAGCCAUAUUGUGCUGUGAGCUCUCUAAAUCUGGAGUUUCGGUGCAUUGGAAGAAGGGAACAGUGCUUUUGAAACCUAGUAAAAAAUAUGAGAUAAAACAGGAUGGCCGUCAACUACAGCUUUGUAUCCAUGAGCUAACAACUCAGGACAGUGGGGCCUACAAAUGUUGUGUUGGAAGCCUUCUGACUACUUGCUCUGUUACGGUGAAAGAGCAACCAAUAUUCUUCUGCAAGAACCUCCAAAGCCUUGAAGCAGAGGAAGGUGAGACAGUCACUCUGAUCUGUGAGAUCUCAAAACCUGGAGUUGCUGUGCAGUGGAAGAAGGGAACAGUGUUGCUAAAAGCAGGAAACAAGUAUGAAAUGACACAAAAUGGCUGUGUGCUACAACUCCAGAUACGUGACCUGAAAAGUGAUGAUAGUGGAUCUUAUAAAUGUUGUACUGGUAGUGUGGUGACAACUGCUUCACUUGUGGUAAAUGAACAUCCUUUGUUCUUCUCUAAGGAGCUCCAAAACCAAGAAGCAGAGGAGGGUAAGACAGUCACAUUGUACUGUGAACUCUCUAAACCAGGAGUUUCUGUUCAGUGGAAGAGGGGAGCAGUAAUACUUAAACCUUGUAAAAAAUAUGAGAUUAAACAGGAUGGCUACCAACUCCAACUUCAAAUCCAUGAAGUAACAGCUCAGGACAGUGGGGUCUACAAAUGCUGUGCUGGAAGCCUGGCAACUAAUGGUUCAAUUAAAGUGACAGAGCAACCUUUAUUCUUCUGCAAGAAUCUUCAAAACCUUGAAUCUGAAGAAGGUGAAACUGCAUUCUUGACAUGUGAGCUCUCAAAACCUGGAGUUGCAGUGCAGUGGAAAAAGGGAUCUGUGUUGCUUAAACCAGGAAACAAGUAUGAGAUGAAACAGAAUGGCUCUGAAUUACACCUUCAAAUCCAUGAUUUAAAAUGUCAGGACAGUGGUGUCUACAAAUGCUGUGCUGCAAAGAUGGAGACAAAAGCUUCUGUUGUUGUAAAAGAAUCUCCACCUAAAAUUAAAGACAUCCCUCAAGCCCCACCAAGAAUAAAAGGAAAAAACAUUAUGGAAGAAACACACAGUGGUCUAGAUCAUAAGAAACAAGCUGCAGUCAUUGAGGAAUCGGAUAUCUCUAUCUUCGAUCCAUCAGAGGUUCACUUCCAGGAUCUCUGUGAGAAACCGACAGAUGACCAGGAAGUCAAGCCAAAAUCAUUGGUGCGACAAAAGGGAGAAGAUGUGAGUUCCAGUAUGGUUAUCAGUGAGUCUACUUGCACCAUGGGAGAACCUGAAAUUUCUUCUCUUGCAAUCAAUGUACACAAAGAACAAAGAAAAAAGGAGUUGGACACAAAUUCAAAAUGGGUUACUAAGAUUUCUGUGGACCAGCACAAUGAAGAGAUCUCAGGGCAAGUUCAAAAGAAAACUCCAAGCAUAGAUCCAAGUGAACAGAGCAAGGAACCACCCAGAGAGGUUCCCCUGCCUCCACCGCGGUCAAAGGGUAAGGCCACACAUCCAGAUGAUUCAUUCCAAGACCAGCACAGUGUUAAAGAGCCAACUCUUGAUAAGAGAGGCAAGAAACAAGAUGUUGUCGUUGAGGCUACUGUGGAGACCACAAAGGCAUCAAAGCAUGUUGACCUAACAGUGUCACUCCCUAAAGAGAAUGCCUCCCAGCUACAUGUUGAAACCAAAAGGCAACCCUAUGUUUUGGAAGCAAAGAUCCAAGAUAUGGACAUAAAACAAUGUGUGGAUACCACUUUGAAGAUAUCAGAACAUGGUUUAAAUACCCCAUUCUUCGAAGAGAUAACAGCGAAACACAUUGAAUCGUCUCAUUUAGAACAACCAUGUCAUUUAGAAGGAAAUAAUCAGUAUAUCAAACAGAAAUCAACUGUAAACAAGGAACCAAAGCAAGAGCAAAUUGUGAGCAAGGAAACAGAGUUGGAAGAAUUUGCCCCGCAAACAAAUACAAAUAAGGAACCAAAACAGAAAUCAUUGGAUAAGAAUGUAGCACAUGAAAAUCAAAAUGUCCAGUCUGAAGAGAGAUCAGAAAUUAAAAAGGUUAAAUCCAUUGAUGAACAUCAUGGACAAAUAACAAAAAAUAUUACAGAACAACCAAGUAUUGCAAUUACAAGCCAGAAACCCAAAAAGCCAAUCCUUUGUGCACAAAGAGACUCUUCAAUGCCUGUAAGAGAUGUCCAGAAGGAAUUACAGGCAGGUGAACUGAAUUUACCACACAUUGAUAGUGGAGAACUGAAACAUGUCCAGCAGGUUGUGGAUGAACAUCAUGGAAAAGUGCCAAAGCAUGUUACAGAAAAACCAAAACAAAUUGCCAUUACAAGCCAGAAAUUCAAAGAAGAAAUAAUAACUGCAGUUAAAACUACAGCAAUUAAAGAUGUGCAGAAAUAUUCAGAGGAAGGUGAACUGAAUUUACCACACACUGAUAGUGAAGAUGUGAAAAAUGUGAAGCAAGCUCUGGAUGAAGAUAAGGUUAAAGUACGAAAGCCUGUUACAGGAAAAGCAACAAAUAUUGCAAUUGCAAGCAAGUUCAAAGAAGAAACAAUUCCUGCAGAGAAAGCUACAACAAUGUCCAUUAAGGAUGUGCAAAGGGUUUCACAGGAAGUGGAACCAAACGUACAACACAUUGAUAUCGGAGAUGAGAAAAAUGUGAAGCAGGUCAUAGAUGAACAUAACGUAAAAUUACCAAAGCAUGUUAAGGAAAAGGCUCCAAGCAUUACAAGACCGCAAAUAAUUCCUCCAAAGAAAGCUGUAACAAUAUCUUUUAGGGAAGUGCAGAAGGCAUCACAGGAAGUUGAGCCAAACUUGCCACACAUGGAUGAUAAAGAUCAGAAAAAUUUGAAGGAGGUUGUCAUUGAAGGACAGAAGGAAGAUGUUUCCAGAGGAUUGAGCUCUCAACCUGAGGAGAUGAUGCCAGAGCAGAUCACAAGUGUGGAUACUGACAAACAGAAGAGUUUAAAAGCAGAACAAGGUGGUCCUGGUAUAGAUAUAGAUUCUGAAGAUGAGCCAGAGAUGCUUGAGGCUGCGAUUAAAAUACAAGCUGCUUUCAAAGGCUACAAAACAAGAAAGGACAUGCGGCCCAUCUUUAAAGAAGUGUUCAAGAACCAGAAUAUUAAUCUUGGUGGCACUGCAUUCCUGGAGUGUGUUGUAGAAGGUAAAAUAAGCAAUGUGCGUUGGCUUAAAGAUGGAGUAACUCUCAAGCCUGGGGAAAGGCACAAAAUCACCCAUAAUGCCUAUGGAAGGUGUCUUCUAGAAAUUUCCAGCUUUACAAACAAAGAUGCUGGAAUCUACACAUGCGAAGUUGCAAACAAGUUUGGAGCAGUUAGUUACAAUGGGAAUGUGAUGGUGGGUAAACCACAGAAGCCAUCACAAACAAUUCAGACUGCACAAACACCAAGUACAGAAAUGGUCACUGAGAAAGAGGUUUUGCCAACAAUUAACAUGGAAGAGGAGUCAUUGAGACUCGUCUAUGACCUACCAGCAGAUGACACCUACAGCAAGAUCCAGGAGAAAAGGAGAAGUCUAAUUUCAGUCAGCUCUAUAUCCUGUUACUCAGAUUAUGACACAGCCCCAGAUGUUGAGACAGACUACCAAUCAAGAGGUAAAGAGGCAAAGACGGCAAAAACUGAGGCUUCUACUACUCAGACUUCUAAAGAAGAAAACAUAAUUACUGUACAAUCCCCAAAGAAUACAGACCAGCUAAAAGUGAAAGGUGGCAAUUCACAGAGCCAGACACCCUCACCCAAACGCAUUCAUUCCUACAAGUCCUCUGCAAAUGCUGAGUCGUUCUCUGAGUCAGAUGGAGAUGAUGAUAGAGGAGAGACCUUUGAUAUUUAUGUAGCCAAAAGUGAUUGUCAGCCUCUGGGAGGAAACCAAGAGGCUUUUGUACUAAAGGAAGGUCAGUUUGUGGAAGUCCUGGACUCAGCCCAUCCUGUGAGGUGGCUUGUCCGUACAAAGCCAACCAAGCUCACACCAUCCCGUCAAGGCUGGAUAUCCCCGGCGUAUCUAGAAAAGAAGACAAGGGAAAUAUUUUCCUUGGCCCAUGAAGCAGAGACUAAAGAAUCCCCUGAGAAAGGCAAAACAGUUUUUACAAAGGAUGAGCACAGUUUGAUCCAAAGUCGCUUGAUCAAGGGACUACUUGAUGGUGAGAAUAAUUUUGUGCGCGAGCUGAACUUCUUUGUGGAGCACCAUUUGCAAUACUUAGAGACAAGCACUCAAGUUCCUCUCACCAUCCUAAGUCAAAAAGAGUACAUAUUCCGCAAUAUCAGAGAUAUUGCAAGUUUCCAUGAAUGCUGUAUUCUCCCUAAGCUGGAGAUGUGUUUCUCAGAUGAUGAUGUAGCCCAGUGUUUUGUCAGUUAUGCACUGGACUUUGAGAUGUAUCUCCAGUUCAUUACAGGCCUGCCCCAAGCCGAGGCUUGCAUCUCAGAAAAAAACACACAGCAUUUCUUCAAGCAAUAUGCAAACACCGAGUUGGCACAUUUGGAUACGCAGGUCUUCAGUGUUAGCACAUAUUUGCAGAGACCCAUGGAGAGAAUUCAAACGUACAAAAAUGUACUUAAGGAGCUGAUCAGAAACAAAGCAAAAAGCGGACAGAACUGUUGCCUGCUGGAAGACGCAUUUGCCAUUGUUUCCAGCUUGCCUUGGCGUGCAGAGAACUUGCAUCAUCUGUCCAUGAUUGAGAAUUACCCUGCACCUCUCAAGGGGCUUGGAGAACCCAUUAGACAGGGAUAUUUUACAGUAUGGGAGGAAAUUCCUGAGGUCAAAAUCUCUCAAAGAGGACAUCACCGCCACGUAUUUCUCUUCAAAGAUUGUAUUGUCUUCUGCAAGCCGAAGAGAGAACUUGGCACAUACACUGAGGCCUACAUAUUCAAGAAUAAGAUGAAGCUGAGUGAUAUUGAUGUAAAGGAUACAGUGGAAGGAGAUGACAGGUCAUUUGGUCUUUGGCACGAGCACCGGGGAAUGGUGAGAAAAAUCAUUCUGCAAGCUCGAUCCAUCCUCCUCCGCCUCUCCUGGCUCAAAGAUCUGAGAGACCUGCAGCAGCGCAGCAAACAGCCUACUUGGACUGCCCCAUGCUUUGAGCAGCAUCUUAGUGACUAUCCAGCAAAGCUUGGACAAACUGUAAAACUGGUCUGCAAAGUCACUGGUACACCAAAACCAGUAAUAAAGUGGUAUAAAGAUGGUCAUGCUGUGAAAGAAGACGAGCAUCACAUUACAUCAGAAGGACAGUUAGGUGCUUGUUAUCUUGUACUGACUGGUGUCAUAGAGGCGGACUCAGGUCAAUACAUGUGUUAUGCAACCAAUCAUGCAGGGAACGCAAGCACUCUGGCUAAUAUCAUGAUUGAUGUACCUCCAAGUUUUACAACCAGACUACAGAACUCAGUGCUUGUAAAGGGACAAGAUGCGCAGUUCAGGUGCUCCACACAAUCUGCUCCUUUACCAUCAAUAAGGUGGUUUAAGGAUGGCAUUCAGCUUGAGGAUAACAGGAAACACCAGAUUCAAUCUGAUGUUCAAACAGGAAUUCUCACUCUCACUAUAAAGAAAGCUGAAGAGGCAGAUCUAGGUCAAUACCAGUGUGAGCUACAGAAUGAAGUGGGCAGUGCCAAGUGUAAAGCUGAACUCUGCCCUCCAGCACCAUUACCUGUGUCAGUCAGGACCCAAAAGCAAUCACAAACUACCCCAACUUCAGAUCCCCAGUCAGAUGGUUGGUCAAGUUCCUUUGUGAAGAACCUGUUUCAUAUACUCUUUCAGACUGGAAACCCCGAACCAUCUGCUGCUGGUGUUGAAGAUCCACAAACACUUAAAGAACAGGAUGACAUGGAGAGGCAGGUACAGGUCGCACAGGAAGAGGGACCCGUGGAGCCUGAGGAACACUUUUACUCAGACACAGAGGAGGAAUUUCUGACAGAGCCUCCAGCUGUGCAAGUGGCCAUUGAAGACCUGACAGUCCGGCCUGGUCAGCCUGCAACAUUCUCCGCCAUCAUUACUGGCCAGCCCAGCCCAGAUAUUCAGUGGUUUAAGGAUGACAAGGAAAUCCUAUCCAAUGACCACACAGAAAUAUGUCAAAGUAAUGCACGUUGCUCUCUCACUUUGCUAAAUACUCAAAUAGAGGAUUGUGGCACCUACAGCUGCAUAGCUAUUAAUAGUGCAGGACAAGCAUCUUGCCUCGCCAAACUCAGUGUUGACACAGGUCCAGAUGAGAUUGAGGAACAAAGAGAAGUGGAGUUUGGAAAAAGACGGAAAUUACAUUCUGUAUAUGAUGUUCAUGAAGAGAUAGGGAGGGGCACUUUUGGAGUGGUUAAAAAAGUCACACACAAGGCGAAUGGUGAAUGUUUUGCUGCUAAGUUCCUUCCACUCAGAAGCAGAACACGGACCAGAGCGUUCCAGGAGAGAGACCUACUGUCCCGUCUAGCUCACCGCAGGCUAGCGUGCCUCUUGGACUUUUUCACCACAAGACGCACACUGGUCUUGGUUGUAGAAUUAUGUUCUACACAGGGGUUACUUGAUCAUUUGUUUUUAAAGGGAUCAGUUUCAGAGAGGGAGGUCCAGUUAUAUAUUCAGCAGGUUCUGGAGGGCAUUGGAUACAUGCACAGUAUGAACAUCUUACAUCUGGAUAUCAAAACAGACAAUAUCCUAAUGGUGUCCCCUGCAAGAGAAGACAUAAAAAUCUGUGAUUUUGGCUUCUGCCAGGAAAUUGACAACUCCAGACACCAGUACAGCAAGUUUGGGACACCUGAGUUUGUUGCGCCAGAAAUUGUCCACCAAGAACCUGUGACAGUAACCACUGAUAUCUGGUCUCUUGGUGUGGUUACCUACUUAUGUUUAACAAGCCACUGUCCUUUCUUCGGGGAGAAUGACCGUUCCACACUGAUGAAGGUUGCUGAGGGCGUGCUGUACUGGGACACACCUGAGAUCACUAGCAGAAGUGUGGAGGCACAGGACUUCUUACAUAGGGUUCUACAGCCAGACCCAGAAAUGAGACCCUCUGCAUCUGAGUGUUUGAGUCACGAGUGGUUUCAGGGCUAUUAUGAAGAUGAAGAACCUGAGCACAUAAAUACCAAAAAUCUAAAAUCUUUUAUUUCAAGAAGAAAAUGGCAGCGUUCCCUGACAUGUCUCGGCUCUGUUCUGACUUUGAGACCAAUCCCAGAGUUGUUGGAGGCUCCUCUGCGUGACGUUUCGAUUACAGCUACAAGGGAAACCCAGGAGCCCAGCAGCACCUCCCUAAGUAGUGGAUCCUCCUCCGAGUUUGAUGAAGCAGAUUCUUGGGACUUCUUCCAACAGGUGAGCCAGGAGGAUGAAGAUGAUCUGGAAGAAGAGGAAGAAUAUGACCCAUACACUCCUGUGUCAAAGAUGCCCACAGUUUUAAAACUGGAUGAAGAAGAUGUGCUUAUUGGUGAGGACCGUUUUCACAGUGGCCCACUGGUGAUUCCCAUGACCGCACCAUCAACAGAGCCAGUCAGUUUGGAGAGGACAGACAGUAGCCCCUAUCUUCACCUCUCUGAGGUGAAGGAUGAAGGAUUGGAUCCCAUACCACGUCGUACCCUCAUUAAGAGCACUUUUUAUUGCAGCUCUGAGCAGCUCUCACCCAUGUCUGCUCGUCACAUGACACUUCGGGAUAAAAUUCAAGCUAAAAAGCAAGAGCGUGGCCGUAAACCUCUCCGUGCCAGCCUCUCCGGCAGGUUAAAUGAGCCCCUCAUAGAGUAUGUAGAAGAUUCCCCAGACUUAGAAGCUAAUCGUAACCAAAGAAGAGGAUCAAUGCAUUCAUCUAUGCUCAAGUCAAGCUCAUUUGAUAGUGGAGUGAGUGCUGCCCAUCCAAGCAUACACACCCAGAGAAGAAGCAGGUCAUUAGAUGUAUACACACAACGCUCUCCAGCUUCAAUUGAGCCAACAGUGCAAGGAGAGGAGGAUGAGCAUGACGUUGAAGAAAGCCAGAAACCAGAUGUCACUGAUGAAGAAGAGGAAAAAACUGAAGAAGUCCAAGUGAGAAGGAAACUUUGCCGUCGCUCUGCGUUUUUGUCAAAGAAGGGCCCAUUAAUUGUGAGAAAAGUCAGAGCACAGGUUUGUGAGCCUGAAGAAGGACAUCAGCCAGCCUUGCAAAGUUCUUGUGAGGAGGACGACCAGUUGCAGGUCACGGAAACAGACACAAGACAUUUAGGUGAUGAGGAGAGUGUGGAUGGCUCACAGCUUUCGCUAGCAUGUUCGCUUGACCACGGCUCAGAAGCUUCUAGCAGGAUAGGCUCACAUGAAGAACUCUCCCACAGACACCAUCAUGAAGAGAGCUUGAUCGCUGGAUCCUCUGGAAAAACAUCUCCAUGCUCUUUACUGCAAGACUCUGAGGAUGAAGACAUGGAGAGGGUCCUGAGAUCUCUUCGCCAGGACCUCCCGAAAGCCCCGCCAAGACGGCGCAGCAUCAGUUCAAGCUCUGGACUAAAUGAGAUGCGCAAUAGGAGUGACGUCCUUCUGAGAAGAAGCUCCUCUGCGGUUCCUGUUCAGGCUUCAGUAGAAGGACGGGAAAGCAUAGAGUUACUUCAAAGACAUGCCUCAGCCCCAGCUCUUCAAGCCAAACCCCCUAGUGGGAAAUCUUCCAAGGCUGGAUUCAUGAAGAUCUUCCGUAAACAUUCGUGGGCUAGCCAUUCUUCUCCUCAACUAGAAGGCUCGGAAAAGAAGCAAACAGAAGGAGCAUCUUCACAACCCAAGAGCCCUCUUCUAACUCUGAGGAAGAAGAUGCGAGCUUCAGCCUCUAGCAUAACAAAACUGUUUACCCGACAGCCCAGCAAAGAGGAUGAAGAGAAGAAGAAAGGCGGACCAAUUGUGAAGAACUCCUCCCCUGUCAUACCAGAGAAAAUGACCACAGUAAUGACCACCUCAUCCGAAAGUCCUCAGAAGAAGUCCAAAUUGUUCUCGCUGAAAGUGCCGAUAUUUAAGAAAACCAAAGAAAGUCCAGUCAAACCAUCCAGGCCAGAUGUCAUUCAGCUAGCAGGGGGAGGAGCGCUUGUGUUCUGGAAACCUGUGCCAUCAAAAGAACUUGUCACAUAUUGUAUUCAGUAUAGUGUAAAUGGUGUGGAGUGGAGAAUGUUGGCAGAGAAUGUUACAGACAGCUGUUUUACAGUAAAUGCCCUUCCGAGAGGACCGGGGUAUAUGUUCAGAGUGUCCCAUAACACCAAGAGAGGGUUGGCACCUUUUAGUGACCCUUCACCACCAGCCUUUAUGGCCACACCUUAUGAAGACUCUCACAAUCCUCUCAUUAAAAUGGAAUCUAUUGGGUCAAAGGUCACUGUACCUGGAGGUCUUGGCACUGAGAAAUCUUACAGCUUCCUUUCUGAAAUCAACAGAGGCCGUUUCAGUGUGGUAAUGCAGUGUGAGGAUAGUCGCAGCUCUCAGAUGUUAGCCGCUAAGAUAACACUUUACAGACCAGAGCAGAGGCAGUUGGUUUUAAGGGAAUAUCAACUGCUUCGCCGACUGAACCACCCUCGAAUCGUCCAGCUGCAGUCGGCCAUCCUCACCCCCACCUUCCUGGUGCUUAUAGAGGAACUGUGCUCAGGACGAGAGCUACUUUAUAACCUUGCAGAAAGGACUCUUUAUUCAGAAACACAGGUGACUAACCUACUAGAGCAGAUUCUGAGUGCUGUGGAUUACCUGCACAGCAGACGCAUUGUACACCUGGACCUAAAGUCGGACAACAUGCUUGUGACGGGCCGGAAUGUAGUGAAGAUUGUGGAUUUGGGCUCUGCUCAGCCCUUCACUCCAGGACAGGCACUAAACAUUGAACACAUCAAAGAAAUAACAGAUAAUAAAGGUUAUAUUGUCCUUCCUAAAGCUCCUGAAAUCUUAGAAGGACAAGGAGUUGGACCUGAAACUGAUAUCUGGGCUGUUGGUGUUUUGGCUUUUAUAAUGUUGAGUGCAGACAGUCCCUUCCAUGCUGAUAUAAAUUGGGAGAGGGAUCGAAACAUCAAAAAAGGCAAGAUCCAGUUUAAUCGUUGUUACCCAGGUCUCUCAGAGGGAGCCAUCAACUUUAUGAAGAACACCCUGAGCAACAAAGCCUGGGCAAGACAUACAGCUGCAGAGUGCCUCCAAAACCCCUGGAUACAAGGAGACCGUCCACCUUCCAAACACACUGACUCUGUGGUCUGCUUCUCAACAGACAAGCUGCAGGCCUAUCUCAGGGAACGAGAGGUCAAGCGAGACCACAUCCGCACCAAAAUUAAUCUGCCCUUUCCAUAAUUAAAGGGACAAACAUAUUUGGAGGCUGACAGUGAUGUGUGAAACUGACAUGCUUUUUGUAGUUUUCGAAAAGCUGUGCUGCUCUCCCACAAGGAAAGAUUAUGAUAAAAAAAAAUGCAAUCAGGCAAUCUGCUCAACAUGGCUUCAGUUGUUGCUUUUUAAUAAUUCAAAAAUGACUUAAUUUACAUAAACACUGUUUUACAGUAGAUUAAAUAAAUGUAAUUUAUAUAGAUCAGUGGUAAUAGGGCUUUUGCAUAUCUAUCUAUCUAUCUAUCUAUCUAUCUAUCUAUCUAUCUAUCUAUCUAUCUAUCUAUCUAUCUAUCUAUCUAUCUAUCUAUCUAUCUAUCUAUCUAUCUAUCUAUCUAUCUAUGUGAAUGUAAGAUGUAGAACAGGUUAUCACUGCAUUAUAUUACUUGCUUUUUAUGCCCUGUAUUGUUAAAUUCUGUGGCGCUGCUCUAUCAGGGACAAUUUUACAGUAUGAUUUACAUGAUAUGGUUAAAUGCAGUAUUUUAUGCAUCAAUUAUAUUUGUUCUAAUUUUAAUGCAGAUUUGACUUAAUGUAUGAGGAUUUUAUUGAGUUAGAAUUUUACUUAAUGUUUAAGGAUUUUAUUGGUUUUGGACUAGAUUUUAUAAGAGUGGUAAGAUCAGUGUAAGGGUUAUUGUUGCCUCUCUGUUGUGACGAUAAUAGUUUCAGACAAUGCAUGUAUGUUUUUUUGUCUGCAAAUUGCCAUGCACUUACAAUAAAUUUAUUAUAACACUGUAAAA